UUUCCAUAGAAACGCCAGGCACAAAACAGGAAGAUUCCCGGAAGAGGCGCGUGUUCAAUAUUAAUAAAGCCGAAUAAAUAUAGAUCAUUUACGUGUUUAUUAAUUUAGAUAUUAAUUAAUAAUUAAACAGAUCUUAAUGGAUUAUUCACCGCCGAAGAAGAGGAGCAGACUUCCGCGGGAAGUGUGGAAAUGGCUGCAGAGUCUCGAGCUGGCCAUCUCACCUAGAAACAUCCGGAGAGAUUUCUCUAACGGAUGUCUGGUGGCAGAGAUUUUUUCCUGGUAUUUCCCCGAGGAUUUCUCUCUACACUCGUACCAUAACGGAGUGUCACUCGGGACCAAGCAGAGCAACUGGUCUCAGAUUGAGAAGGUGUUGGUGAAGCGGCGCAUCAGUUUGAUGAAGGAAUCGAUUAAUGGUACGAUUCACUGCAAACCAGGAGCAGCCGAGGCUUUAAUUCAGGAGAUUUACACACUACUGACUAACAGGAGGAUCCAGACUGUCCAGGAGGAGGCGCUGGACUUCAGCGAUCAGAGUUAUCAGGAGCAUCUGCCCAUGGUGGCUCGAGCCACGGCGUCUAAAGCCAUCAAAAAUAACCUGCGUCUGAGUGAAGAGCUGGCUGAGAACAACAUCAGCACCACGCAGAGCAAAAUCCACAACAUCAUCCACCGGCACGUGGAGCUCCGGAGAGAGGAGAGGAUCCAGAACCCUCAUCGUUUUAAUGUGAAGCCCACGUUGGGAGAGCAGGCUGUCCGACUGCCACCAUCACACACACGCACACCACUAUUAUCAUCAUCAUCAUCUUCUUCACCAUCUUCACCUCAUGGUGACUGAUGGGAGUCGCAACACACUCCGCAGGGAUCAGAUUUCCUCUCCACCUCCGACUUUGGAAAUAGCAAGCUCUUAGUAAAAGACGAUUAAACAAUAAAGAUAUUUACUGUAUUUAUGAUCAGACUGAAUGAACACAAGCUCCACAUCACAGCCAAUCAGCCUCCAGUUCAGCUUCAUGAGGAGUGUGUAAUGAGACAUAACGAUUAAAGCUUCCAUUAGGUGUUAGCUACAUUAGCCUCGUAGCUCCAGGAUGUUUUAGCUAAUGGACUAGGUUUAGAGGAGCUGAACUGAUAGAACAGCUGAGUGAUGUGAAGUGUGUGAACAAUAAUAAAUCACCAUACCUUAGAUCUUUAUUAUUGCAGUUAUACACAUAUUCUUAAAAAUAUUUGUAAAAUGUUAAAAUAUUUAGGGGAGAAGUCUGAUACACAAACUCACGGUAGGAAAAAUAUUCACAUGAAAAAAGUGAAUGUGAUUAAUUUCUUUUUAAAUCAGCCUUUUCUUUUGUAUGUUUUGGGCAAAGCUUCACUCCAGCUGUUUAAACUGCUUUCAAUAAUAUACACUACAUUGCCAAAAGUUUUGGGACAUCUGCCUUUACAUGCACAUGAAUGUAAUAUGGAGUUGUCUCGCCCUUUGCAGCUAUAACAGCUUCAACUCUUCUGGGAAGGCUUUCCACAAGGUUUAGGAGUGUGUUUAUGGGAAUUUUUGACCAUUCCUCUAGAAGCACAUUUGUGAGGUCAGGCACUGAUGUUGGAUGAGAAGGUCUGUCUCUCAGUCUCCGCUCUAAUUCAUCCCAAAGGUGUUCUAUGGGGUUGAGGUCAGGACUCUGUGCAGGCCAGUCAAGUUCCUCCACACCAAACUCACUCAUCCAUGUCUUUAUGGACCUUGCUUUGGUCACUGGUGUGCAGUCAUGUUGGAACAGGAAGGGGUCAUCCCCAAACUGUUCCCACAAAGAGCAUGAAAUUGUCCAAAAUGUCUUGGUAUGAAGCUGAAGCAUUAAGAGUUCCUUUCACUGGAACUAAGGGGCCGAGCCCAACUCCUGUGAAUGUGUGUCCCAAAACUUUCGUCAAUAUAGUGCACCACACUGGAUUUAUUAAUUAUAAUAUUUAAAUUAUAACAUGAGGCUGAACUUGAAAUUAUAAAUCAAUCAUUAAAUCAAGCAGUGCAUGAAAAAUAAUCAGAUGUUUCAUAAAGUCUAUGUUCUUGAGUCAUCCUGUACUUGUGUUCAUCUUGUUAAGUGCUCUUUAGAACAUAAAUGCUCCGCCCCCCAGGGGUGUGUCUUCUUGUAUAUUUCUGGCACCAACAUGCUUUGUCUAUGUUUUUUUCCCCUUUGCAUCCUCACACACAUUAAAAGUUGAAGUUAUUAAUAAAAAUAAAAAAAGAUGCUGGGGAUUUGGAGACCCCUCUGGUGGAAAGAUGUCACUACAGGGAUCUCAGUGGAAAACUGAUCCAAAUCAACUUUUUAUUUAAGACUUCAAUCUGUUCUAACCUGCAGUUUCAGAGGCGGGGUUUAGUCCUCACUUCACUGUGUUUCAGUAAAAUCCAUCACCUGCUUCUGGAGCUAAAGCUUAAAAGUUUUAUUAUUUUCCGAAAAACUCCAUAAUUCCUAGUUUGCUGCUUUUUUUGGUAUCCAUGGCAACAAGAGUGAACAAUCACUGAGGACAGGAUGUGAUAUAA